CAUAUAUAUCCAUAUCAUAUGGUCAUCUUCACUUCACAUGCUAGUUAGCUUUCCCCAGCCACUGUAUGUAUAUAUCAUUUACAUAGAUAAAUACAUCUCAAUGGACUCUUCUCUUUCCCUUACGUAAACUCUCCACCAAGCAACCAUCCCAACCCCCAAGCCUCCACUCCUCCUCCAUAUAUUCAUACAUACAUAUAUACAUAUAUAUCACCUUUCACACAUAGCCAUCUCAAGUUAAAUCUCUUUCAUCUCUUUCUCUCUCUCUCUCUCUGUAAACAUGUUGGUGGGUUUCUUCUUCUUCCUCACAAUAUCCGUUAUCACCCGCCCAUCUCGGGCCGCCGUCGAAUCCUUCGUCUACGGCGGCUGCUCUCAGGUGAAGUACGCCCCCGGAACGCCGUACGAGUCCAACCUGAACUCGCUACUCACUUCCCUAGUUAACUCGGCCUCCUUCGCCAAUUUCAACAACUUCAAGAUCUCCGUCCCCGGCUCCGGCCCCAACGACGUCGUCUACGGGCUCUUCCAGUGCCGGGGCGACCUCGGGGGCUCUGACUGCCGAGACUGCGUGGCCCGCUCGGUGAGUCAACUCGGCGUGCUCUGCGUGAACGCCGCCGGCGGGGCGCUCCAGCUUGACGGCUGCUUCAUAAAGUAUGACAACGUGUCGUUCCUGGGUGUGGAGGACAAGACGGUGGUGAUGAAGAAAUGUGGACCGGUGAUUGGGUAUGAUUCCGACGAGUUGACCCGGCGAGACGCGCUGCUGGACUCAUUUGCUGCGGGAGGGCAGUUUUUUCGGGUGGGUGGGUCCGGGAGAGUCCAGGGUGUGGCGCAGUGCGUACAGGAUUUGAGUGUGAGCGAGUGCCAGGAUUGCCUAUCGGAUGCCAUCGGACGGCUCAAAAGCGAGUGUGGGUCCGCCGCGUGGGGAGAUAUGUUCUUGGCCAAGUGCUACGCUCGCUACUCCGACAAAGGCCGCUACUCCGAACAAGGCCAGUACUCCAAGCACGAUGACAACGACAAUGACGACGAGGUUGAGAAGACGCUGGCGAUUUUGAUUGGGCUUAUAGCAGGAGUUGCGCUGCUCGUCGUCUUCCUAUCAUUCUGCAGCAGAGUAUUGGAGAACAAAAGUGGCAAAUGACUUGGGGAAAGAAACAAACCCAGAAAUCAUAAUGGUUUUUUAACUUCUUUCUCCUGUAUUUAGUUUAAUGAUCCUUUCUGGUAAAACUAAACCUUGCUUUGCUAUAAUAUGCUUUUGGCUGUUGUUCAUUAGCUCUUCUUUCAUGCCUGGUCCCUACCUUUUCCUCUUCUCUUGACUUUGUGAAGGUUCCUCUCUCCAUAUGUAUGAAUUUCCUCAAGAGAGAGAGAGAGAGAGAGAGAGAGAGAGAGAGAGAGAGAGAGAGACCUUUAUCAUAUGAAGACAGGUUCCUUGAAACAAGCAAAAAAAAAAAAAGAAGCUGUAAGCAACAAUGGGGAUGGACAGGUGAAGCCCAAAGAUUCCAGAGCUCCAUCAUGUUAUGAUCAAUAUUGAAACGUCAAUGCUUUUUGUUGCUGCAGAUCGGUCUCGAAGGAUUAGGUUUGCUUUUAGCAAUUCUAGGGGAUUUUUUUUUUCAGUUGCUAAAGACUUGACCCUUGUACUAUAACAUAUAUAUAUAUAUAUAUAUAUGUUCCCCUUGUAUUUCAUUUCAUUUUAUUGUAACUUUUCUUGCUUUUGCCA